AUGGCUCUUCCCAUCCUUGGAGAUUCGAUCAAACCCAAGGGGAUCGUUGUCUUUUCCGGCGGCAGCGCCGCAAACAACUUGGUUGACGUGUUCAAGACAGUCGCCGAGCGGAAACAAUGCUCCUUAAGCUACGUCAUUCCCAUUAGCGAUAACGGUGGUAGCACAUCGGAGCUCAUCCGCGUCUUUGGGGGCCCAGGUAUUGGUGAUUUGCGGAGUCGUCUCGUCCGUCUCAUUCCUGAGAACGGCGACCCAGAAAGAGCCGCGAUCAAGGCUUUCUUCAACCAUCGCCUGUGCUUGGAUGCCGAUGGAGCAAGGCAUGAGUGGCUUGAUAUAGUCGAGGCACGCCACGACCUGUGGAAAAACAUCUCUUCGGAAAAGAAGGAACUGAUUCGGUCUUUCUUGAACUUGCUAAAUUUAGAGAUCGUGAAGAGGGUUAGGCCAACCUCCACUUUCAAUUUUUCUUCUGCCAGCAUUGGAAACCUCUUUCUCACUGGUGCCCGCCUCUUCUCCGGCAGCCUUGAAUCAGCAAUUUACCUUCUCAGCAGCAUUUGUGGAGUGCCGUCCAAUACCGCGGUCCUCCCGGCCAUCAACACCAACUUCUCGCACCACAUUAGCGCCGGCCUCGCCAACGGCACCACCAUAACUGGCCAGAAUGCCAUCUCCCACCCCUCAGAACCCACCGCUCUUCCGGACAUGAACUCCCAGAAUCCAGAAGACACUGAGGACCAUGAUUUUGUCGAAGACGCCAACCUCCCCGGCUCUCUUCCCAUGCUCCGGAAGCCAAACAUCAUCUUCAGCAAAGCCGAAGAAGAAGACCUCCCCGCUCGCAUCGACCGCAUCUGGUACAUCAACCCGUACGGACAAGAGAUCCGGCCGCCAGCCAACCCGAAGGUUACCUCGGCCAUCGCCAACGACAGUCAGGCCGUCGUCUACAGCAUCGGCUCGCUGUACACCUCCAUCAUCCCAUCGCUAAUCCUACGGGGAGUUGGCGCUGCCAUAGCUGCGAAUCCGGCCGUGCGGCACAAGAUUUUGAUCUUGAACAGCACCGUGGACCGUGAGACGGGGCCGUCGUCCCAGCCCUUCUCGGCCUUGGAUUUUGUAGCUGCCAUCGCGAAGGCGGGCGCCGAGAGUAGGACUCGCGGCGGGGCAGAUGCCAUCACACCCCUGGAGUACAGGAAAUACGUGACCCAUGUGAUUCAUCUCGAGGGUGCGGGCACACCUGCUGUCAAUAGAGCCGAGUUGGCAACAUUGGGCAUCGAGACGGUGCGGCUGUACGGAAGAAGAAGUGGGGGCAGUGGUGGGCAAGGAGAAGGGUUCCUUAGGUACGAUGAGAAUGCGCUCACUCAGGCACUGGAGGUGGUGAUCGGCGGUGGGAAGGACCUGAGAGGUGAUAGGAGCAGGCGGAAUACAUUAGACAAUUAG